AUAUUAGGGAAAGAAAAAAACAAUACGCACUUUCUUCUUUUUUCUCGCUCCGUUUCCAGUCCCUGAAGCUCUUGAGAUCUCUGCCUAUGGAGGAACAGCAUCUUUCUGUUGAUUCAGAGUUGGUUACUAGUAAGAAUUUGGUCAAUAAACUGGGAGCUGCUUUUGACGGAUUUGAAAGCUCUUCUGAUGGAGUUGAUCCAAGCGAUGAUGAGGAUGCUGAUGAGCUUGAGGAAUGUACACGACCUCAUCAAAAGAUGUUGGACAAUGCAGUGCAGCCUUCUCCAAGCAAGCUUAUGUCUCCACAUAUAUCUUCUGACGAAGAGAAUGAGGAAGAGGAACCAAAUUUAAAAUUGCAGGAACUCUUUUCUGAAGAAAUUGUGGAUAAUCCGGCCCUUGGAUGCUCGGUGCUUUCGCCAGCUCCUCUAGAGCUAAUAUCUGCCUUGAAAGGUAGCCGCGAGAAACAAGGGGGAGCUCCAAGGAAGCUCACGCUGACGUGGGCUCCUGAUGUUUACGAUCCACCUCCAACACAACUAUUAGAUAUAGUCACCAGAGGGACAAAGCAGAAAAAGGUCCCCAAAAAAGAAAAAGUAGGCAGAAAGGAAGGCCAAAAGGGCAAAGAAACAACACGAGGUGCUGAUGGAGGUAGAGACUCUUCACGAGGGGGCGGCAGCACCAAGGACAAGAAAAAGAAGCAGAAUCACAGAACCGGGAAAUCUGGUAGGUCAUAUAGUUUUGUGGAUGACAAUGGAUCAGAUAACUACUCCUACUGAUGGUGGAAAAUUUUUCUUGAAGCUGAGAUGAGUUUGGUUGUCUAGGGAGGAAAAUUUAUCAACUUGUUACUCUUCUCCAUCUUUUCAGUUAGUAAGGAGUUGAGGUACAGGAAACUAUAUUUCAGAGUUGAAUUUUUUGGGGCAUUAUUUUGUUAACUUUUAGUUUGACAUGCUGGGAAGUAUUUUCCUGACUGGACAGGCUCUAGUUGUUUUUUUUUUUUUUUUUUUGGUUGAAGGACAGGCUCUAGUUGGGUAAAUAUUAUAGUUCAUCAAAAUCUAGCGGAGCCCCUCCUGUCCUGGGGAGCUGCUCUUG